GCCGUGAGUGACGAGAGUUCAGUCUUAGACGAAGGCCUCUUUCUCUUCUUCAAAAAAAUCGAGCUACGUACCUUGGUCAUUCUUUUCUUUUUGAGAUCAAGAUCUUACAGAAUUUAUUUUGCCAGCCAUUAAGGUUCUAUGAUGUAUGUCAUGUUGUGUUUAUCAGAUAAGUAACCCCAUAAUGCAAAUUCUGGUGCCAUAUAUUUUCUGCAACAAUAAAGUUUAUUUACUUACAUGUUAAAUAAUGAUUUUAAGAUAAAUAUUUGAUGUUGUAGCUAAAUUGAAAAAAAGAUAUCAUUAAUUAAAUUUUUGGGGGCUUUAUAUCUCUUUGUACAAUUUGGUGGUUGAGUUUUUCCAAUCUAAUAAUAUACAACUGCCCUUACCUCACUUCAAUGCCCUUGUUUCGAUCUAUUGAAAUAGUAGAACUCGAAUGUAGCUCAAAGGCAUUAGAAGAUAGGUUGAAAAUGAUGAGGUGAAGGAACAUUCAGAGGGUGUUGAGGCAGACAACACUCAGCCAAACAUUUCAUUGCUCGAGUCCAUCACGAUCAAUACCUCUAGCGAUUUGACAUCAAUUCCAAACAAGUGCAGAAAAUUGCAGUAUUUUCAUAUUGAGGGUUGUCCUAAGGUUGAAAUUGAAGUUUGUCCAUUAUACAUUUUGUGUAGGGAUCAACAUUGCAGUGUGAUGACAAAAGUUGAAGCAUGAAUCUCCAUGGAUUGGAUGGGUUAUAUAUUUAUAUCAGAAUCUGUUGUUUAAUAUCUUAUGACUCUCACAUACUGUACAACUUAGUUAGUAUCAAAACACUUCAUUCAAAAAACAGAUUUUUCUCACUCUCAAUAUCUUAUGUCACUUUCCAGGCUAUAACAAGUCUAAUAACAAACUGAGAAACUGAGUUCUUCAUUGCUCUACAAUGUAAUAACUCUAUUAAUGAACUUAUAAGUAAGCUAAGUGGAGACUUAAUAUGAUAUGAUGACAAUGUAAUAUCAUAUCAUUUGUGAAGGGAAGCAUGAUCUUCAAUUGUUACAUUUAGGAUGGGAAGAAGUUGAUGACAAUAACAAUAAGGUGGAAAAUGACGAAAUGUUACUAGAAGGUUUGCAGCCACCUUCCAGCCUAAAAGAGUUGUUUGUCUCAUGUUUCAUGGGUGUGAGAUUUGGAGGUUGGCUUUCUUCAUUGGAUAAACUUGUUAAGUUGGUGUUGUCAGAUUGUAAGAAGUGCAAAUAUCUCCCAAAACUAGAUCAAUUACAUUCUCUCCAGGAACUUAAGAUUUCAGAAGUCAAAGCAGAGUACAUGUGCUCCUCUGGUGAAGAUGAUGAUUUUGACACCAACUUGUUCUUUCCAUCUCUAGUGACUCUUGAAAUAAGAUUUUGUUCAAAUCUCAAAUGGUGGUGGUGGAAAAAGAAAGUGGAUGGUAAUGAGUUUAUUAUUAGAUCAUUUCCUCGUCUUUCCAAUCUACAAAUAGUUAACUGUCCUAACCUCACUUCAAUGCCCUUGUUUCCAUCUAUUGAAAGAGUUGAACUCAUGUUGGAAGUUAGCUUAAAGGCAUUAGAAGAUACGUUUCAAAUGAUAAGGAGAAGGAACAUUCAUGGUAUUGCAGCACACAACACUCAACCAAACAUUUCAUUGCUCAAGUCCAUCAGGAUUAGUAGCAUUCUCAAUUUGACAUCACUACUUGAAGGGAUUGGUAACCUUCCUUCCCUUGAGUCUAUCCUUAUAAAAGACUGCUCCGAUUUGACAUCACUACUCGAAGGGAUUGAUAACCUUCCUUCCCUUGAGUCUAUCCUUAUAAAAAACUGCUCCAAUUUGACAUCACUACUGCAAGGGGUUGAUAACCUUCCUUCCCUUCAGUUUGUCAACCUCUCCAACUGCCCCAAUUUGACAUUGAUUCCAGACAGGUUCAGCAAAGUGAACAAAUUUGUUAUUGAAGUUUCUCCAUUAUAGAUUUUGUGAUGAAUUGAUCAACAUUUGAUAUUGCAACUCUGUGAUGGAAGAUUUGUCCGCAAUGGUCAGACACCGUUGUGAUCAACAAGCAUAAGUGUCGAAAAAGGAGUGGUGUUCAACAAGAAACAAGAUACUGCACAAGACAAUGUUACUGAAGCAUUGGUGGCGAGGUAGAACAAGAUUUCUUAUCUAAUACCUUUCUUCUUGUAUGUUCUCUGUUGCAGAAGCUACCACUGCUUCUUUUAUGAGAAUCAUUGGUUUUGUUUAAGAAUCUCUUUGGAAGAUUCUUGUGAGAGGCAAGUUAGAUGUGAAGGCAAGUUCUUCAAUUUGUUGCUUACAAUUAUUUCUGUGAGCUUUUAGUGUACCUUCCAUGAAUGUUGAGGUGUUUCUAAAGAAUUUGUAUGAGUUGGAACAUUUGAGAUGUUUUAUAAAGUUUCUUAUAAUAAUAAGUUAAAAACACUUCUAAUUCUCUUUGAUAAGUUACAGAAUUUGCAGACUCUGAAUCUCGCGUGUUGUGAUGAAGUUUGAGGAAUGUUGCUUUUGGAUUUCGAUAUUUGAGUUGCAACAGUGCAAUUUGUAUAGACGCUUUUGAACAAAAUGGCCUAGUGAACACAUUUCAAUGUCACUAAACAAGUGAUGCAAACUCAACAUUAAUUACUAUAAUAUCUGCUUAUUUUUCAUUUGUGGUUAUUAUGGGAUUUCUCAUAUAUGUGGUUCAAAUUAGGAUGAGACAAUACUCAAAUCAAAUGUAUAAUUGAAAAAAUUAACUAAUUAAA